GUGCACACACACGGUGAGCGGAUAUAGGCACUCAGCGCUGCUGCAGAGAGAGCUAGGUCACAGAGACGCGGUGCCAACCUAAAAACAACCCCAAACACCUCACACGACCUGUCAAAAUGUCCAAACCUCUGACUGACCAGGACAGGAGGAAGCAGAUCUCAGUGCGCGGCCUCGCCGGGGUGGAAAACGUCACCGACCUAAAGACCAACUUCAACCGGCACCUGCAUUUCACCCUGGUGAAGGACCGCAAUGUCGCCACGAAGAGGGACUACUACCUGGCCCUGGCUAGCACCGUCCGCGAUCACUUGGUCGGCAGGUGGAUUAGGACGCAGCAGCAUUACUACGAGACAGACCCGAAGCGUGUCUACUACCUCUCUCUGGAGUUCUACAUGGGCCGCACAUUGCAGAACACCAUGGUAAAUUUGGCUCUGGAGAAUGCCUGCGAUGAGGCCACUUAUCAGCUGGGUUUGGAUAUGGAAGAGCUACAGGACAUCGAGGAGGAUGCUGGACUUGGCAAUGGAGGCUUGGGCCGUCUGGCAGCCUGCUUCCUUGACUCAAUGGCAUCCUUGGGAUUGGCGGCUUAUGGCUAUGGCAUCCGCUAUGAGUUUGGUAUUUUCAACCAGAAAAUUGCUAAUGGGUGGCAGAUUGAGGAGGCAGAUGAUUGGCUGCGCUACGGCAAUCCAUGGGAAAAGGCCCGUCCUGAGUACAUGCGUCCUGUGCACUUCUACGGCCGAGUGGAGCACACCGAUGAGGCAGUCAAAUGGGUGGACACACAGGUGGUUCUGGCCCUGCCAUAUGAUACCCCGGUCCCAGGAUACAGAAACAACAUUGUGAACACCAUGCGACUGUGGUCAGCCAAGGCUCCCUGCGAGUUUAACCUCAAGGACUUUAAUGUUGGUGGUUACAUCCAGGCUGUUCUGGACAGAAAUCUGGCUGAGAAUAUUUCCCGUGUGCUCUACCCAAAUGACAACUUCUUUGAAGGCAAGGAGCUCCGUCUCAAACAGGAGUAUUUUGUGGUGGCUGCUACCCUUCAGGACAUCAUCCGUCGUUUCAAAGCUUCUAAGUUUGGCUCAACAGAGGUUGUGCGAACAGACCUGUCCAAGUUACCCGAGAAGGUUGCCAUCCAGCUGAAUGACACUCACCCUGCACUUGCAAUCCCAGAGCUAAUGAGGAUCUUAGUGGAUGAUGAGAAAGAGACCUGGGAAAAGGCGUGGGAUAUCACUGUGCGUACCUGUGCCUACACUAACCACACCGUGCUGCCAGAAGCUCUGGAGCGCUGGCCUGUUGACCUGUUCCAAAACCUCCUGCCUCGCCACUUGGAGAUCAUCUAUGAGAUCAACCAGCGUCACCUGCAGAGAAUUGCUUCUCUGUUCCCUGAUGAUCAAGAUCGAUUACGGCGUAUGUCACUCAUCGAGGAAGGAGGACAAAAGAGGAUCAACAUGGCUCAUCUGUGCAUUGUUGGUUCUCAUGCUGUAAAUGGAGUGGCUCGUAUCCACUCUGAUAUCAUCAAAAGCACAGUGUUUAAGGACUUUUACGAUGUGGACCCACAGAAGUUCCAGAACAAGACCAAUGGCAUUACUCCUCGCCGUUGGCUGGUCAUGUGCAACCCUGGCCUGGCUGAGGUCAUUGCUGAGCGCAUCGGUGAGGAUUACAUCCGUGAUCUGGAUCAAUUGAAAAAACUUCUGGAGUUUGUGGAUGAUGAAUCCUUCAUAAGAGAUAUUGCUAAGAUCAAACAGGAGAAUAAACUGAAAUUUGCUGUGCAUUUGGAGGAGCAUUAUAAGGUGAAGAUCAAUCCAAACUCCAUGUUCGAUAUCCAAGUGAAGAGGAUCCAUGAGUACAAGAGACAGCUGCUGAACUGCCUGCACAUCAUCACCCUGUACAAUCGAAUCAAGAAAGAGCCCAACAAGGCCUGGACGCCCAGAACAGUCAUGAUCGGAGGAAAGGCUGCCCCUGGCUACCACAUGGCUAAGAUGAUCAUUAAACUUAUCACAUCUAUUGGAGAUGUUGUGAACAAUGAUCCUGUGGUGGGAGACCGGCUUAAGGUCAUUUUCCUGGAGAACUACAGGGUUACACUGGCUGAGAUAGCCAUCCCUGCAGCUGACCUUUCUGAGCAGAUAUCCACUGCAGGCACAGAAGCCUCUGGAACCGGUAACAUGAAGUUCAUGCUGAAUGGAGCUCUGACUAUCGGCACUAUGGAUGGAGCCAAUGUAGAGAUGGCGGAGGAGGCCGGAGAGGAGAACCUCUUCAUCUUUGGCAUGAGAGUAGACGAUGUCGAGGCCAUGGAUAAGAAAGGGUACAAUGCAUCUGAGUACUACAAUCGCAUCCCUGAGCUGAAGCAGGCCAUGGAUCAAAUAUCUAAAGGAUAUUUCAGCCCCAGCCAGCCAGACCGCUUUAAGGACAUCGUCAACAUGCUAAUGAAUAAUGACAGGUUCAAAGUGUUUGCUGACUAUGAGGACUACAUUAAAAGCCAGGAAAAAGUUAGCGCUCUUUACAAGAAUACUAAGGAAUGGACCAAGAAGGUGAUCCACAACAUUGCCGGUUGUGGCAAGUUCUCCAGUGACCGUACCAUCUCCCAGUAUGCUCGUGAGAUCUGGGGUGUGAAGCCCAGUUUGGAGAAGAUUGCCGCUCCAGACGACCCUCGCUAAGCAUUGAUAUAUUAUUUCUCUUGUUUAAUUAAUGUCUGCAUAAUAAUUGUGAAAAUGUGUCACUGUGAGUUUGUCACUAGUUAUGUGAGUGUUGUCCUUCAUCUUUACCUGGGACCCCUGAAUUUCCUAACACUACCUGGUUCACUGGCCACACUUUUAGUAAUUAAUUUGAGAAUGCACUGUUUAUUAAUGCUAGCUUUUUAGACUAAUGUUACUCAAACCUUUGGGAACAGAAAUUUUAACACAUUUUAUGUAUGUUUAAACGUAUUGUUGAAGCGUAUGUUGUGUCUUUCCCUCAUUAACCAAAGAAUGGCAAGUAGUUUAACUGGGCAGUUUAACAUGAAAAUACUGUGUCAUUUAGAACCUUCAACGUCUCAUAUUCAACCACAUGGAUGACUGUUACUGGUUAAACUCUCCAAGGGAAUUUGUGCAUGCUUUGUGUUGUGUAUCUUACGAGUUUUAACAUGUUUUUCCCCUCAAAAUAUGAUUUUAGCAGAUGCUUUUCACAUGUAUUUAUGCGUCAUCAUAAAAAGCUGCCUUAGUCUGUGUGUAUGUGUGCAAGCAUGCAGAUGUGUUUGUGUGUGUGUGAAUGUCUGAGAGAGUCUAUACAUGAUGCAACUUCCUCCUCUUCUUACUAAUGUCCAUUCUAGAGCUUUUAAAAGAUUUGGCUUGUUUCACCAGGUAGUACCAACUGGUCAGUUUUUAUUAAAACUGUACACACUGGUAAAUUUGGUAAAGAGUGUUUAGAGGUGUAUGUUUAAAGCUAUGUAGCAUAGUUCACACACUGGAGUGUGGAGGAUAAUAUACAGUACUGUGUCUGUAGUAGCCCAGUCAAGUGUGCACUGUAAUUAAAUUAUGGUAAUAAUCACAGGUAAAUAAAGUAAAGAGAUGAACUGUAUAUUACUGUAGGCUUGUCCGGUUUGGAGCUCUGCCACUGUAAUUCUUCUGAAUGUAAUUCCUCUUUGUUGGUUGUGAUAGCUGACAGAUCAUUCACUACCACAUGGUCCAUCUUCUGUCACUGAAAACCAACUAAAAAUAAUAUAAUAAAAUAAAACCAUAUAGAAAUUGUC